CGUCUAAUGAAUCGUUUCUAUGAACGCCUCAGCAACUUGGUGCAUGGCAACAAGCGAGCUGAAACCGCGAGCGGCCAGCGGACUUCCCAAUGAGAUCAAGAUGGGAAACAAAAUGGCGGCCUUGGUUUCAUCGUACUCUGGUUUUGCUGGAAAUCUUGCACGUUUGCCAACGGUUGAACAACUAUCUCCACGUGUUUUACGAAUUCUAGGAUGCAAUCCUAGUCCUAUGACGCUUCAAGGAACCAACACGUACCUUGUAGGGACUGGCAGAAGCCGCAUAUUAAUUGACACAGGGAGUGGAGGUUCAAGUGAAUACGUAGAACAUCUCAAAGAAGUGUUAUCUAACAACGAGUCCAGUAUACAAGAGAUUCUUAUCACACAUUGGCACGCAGAUCAUGUAGGAGGAAUCCUUGAUGUUCUCAAGUGCACGGAAAAUCCAGGUCAUCUGAGAAUUUCAAAGCUUCCACAGGAUGGUGUAGCAGAAGAGAUCAGUGGAAGCAUUGGGAAUAAAUAUAGUUAUCUCAAGGAUGGAGAUGAAAUAGUGACAGAGGGAGAAACACUUAAGGUUUUCCACACCCCUGGUCACACAACAGACCACAUGAUAGUCUAUCUGGUGGAGGAAAAUGCCAUCUUUUCUGGAGAUUGCAUCUUAGGUCAGGGAACAGCUGUGUUUGAGGAUCUCUUCACAUACAUGAAAUCAUUAGAAGUGAUUUUAAAUUUGUCCCCACAUCUUAUCUAUCCUGGGCAUGGUCCAGUCGUAGAAGAAGCUGUCACAAAAAUCAAGGAAUACAUUGAGCAUAGAAACUUGAGGGAAAAACAGAUACUUGAAGCUUUAGGAAAUGAGCCUGAAAAUGUAACAACUGCCAUGGAAAUUGUCAAGAAAGUCUAUGUUGAUACUCCAUGGCACCUUCAUAGAGCAGCAGAGAAUAAUGUGAAUCACCAUCUCACCAAACUAGAGAAAGAAGGACGAGUCAGUUCUAUUGAGUCAGGCAAUGUGAAAAGAUGGAAGAGCUCCCUUUAGUACAGUAUGACUGCAUUAGAUAAUUUAAUAAUUAUAAUAAAGUAAGCACCAUAAUUAUAAUAGUUGAUCAAUCAACUGUAAAUGAAUGUUUACCCUUACCUUUCUCUAAUCAUUACUACUGAAUAUAGAAAUAGGGUAAAGACAGGAUUGCAUUGCACUUAUGCUGCAGCCAUUAGUAAGUUUGGAUACAAUGUUUAUUUUUAUCCAUGAUUUUAAACUCUAUAAGUGACUUCACUGAAUAAUCCAGUGCCCAUGGACACUAAAAAAGGACAUUAUUUUGUGGACUUGAAAACGUCAAAAUUGUCAAAUAAACUGAUGAUGUGUACAAGAAUGCACAGCUGCAACUUUCAAAGGGGAAGGUCCGACCAAUGACAGUUCAGUCUGGGUUCAAUUUUGCUAAAGUGAGAAGUUGAAAAGUACAUUUUCUUACAUGUAUGCAUGUCAAGAGGCCCUAUGUGCCACUGGACAUUCUGGGAUUGAAUGAGUGGGUAAGUGAUGCAGGUCAAGAAAUACUGGAAUCAUUUUUGGAGAAAAGCAGUUUAAUAGAGUUCUGCUUAAAACAUAGACUAUUCACUCUCGAUACUUGAUUUUGACCAGCAUACUUAUCAGCUAUCACCUCAUAGAAAUCUUGAGCUCGCGAUCUAAUUGUUAAAUAGUAAUCACCAUAAAAUUAUAUAGUCCAUAGAUAAAGUAUACCGUAAGUAAUUCCAUUGGUUACUUAUUUAACAAACUGACCUGUAAGGCCAAGCCAUGUACUAUGCAGUAUUUUAUGAUUUGUCAUAAAACAUUGCAGGAAUUUGAACAUUAGAAACAUUGAACUGCUGGGGCCCGUUUCUCAAAAGCCCCGAAAACUUUUCAGGCGCGUAAAGCCAUUUUUAGUCCAUCUGUAUCU